AUGGAUCAGACGAUCAGGAAUUUGCGGGAGCAGAUCUCCCUCUGUGAGAGACAGUUGCAUGCAUUGAAGGUGCAAUUGAAUAAUGCCGAGGAGAGGGCGAUUCUGGAAGCGCAAGCAAAGCCGGAGAUGUCGUUCGACCUGAGCGGCGGCGGGCAGGAUGCGUGGCAGAUGGAAAUUCUGGGCGUGUUGGGCCAUGAAAGCCCCAGGAAGAACGCAUGGCCGUUAAUGCCACAGGAGUACAAGCGAUAUGGUCGACAGCUCAUUUUACCGGAAAUUGGGCUCAAUGGUCAAUUACGAUUGAAGAACACCUCAGUUCUUAUCGUUGGCGUCGGAGGCCUGGGAUGCCCAGCAGCAGCAUAUCUCGCUGGUGCUGGAGUUGGAACCAUCGGGCUCGUGGAUGGAGAUAUUGUUGAAGAAUCAAACCUUCAUCGCCAAACCCUCCAUACGACCGAAAAGGUGGGCAUGUCGAAGGUUGACAGCGCCACAUUCUACCUCAAAUCCUUGAACCCAACCAUCAAAUACGUCUCCCACCGAACUCAUCUAAACCCGCAAAAUGCACCGGACAUCUUCCGCCACUACGAUCUGGUUCUAGACUGCACCGACAACCCAGCCUCCCGAUAUCUGAUAUCCGACCUUUGCGUCCUCCUAGGCAAAACCCUUGUUUCGGCCUCCGCACUCCGCAUGGAGGGCCAACUCCUGAUCCUCAAUUACCCGCCUCGAGCGCCUGGCGACUCCUCCGGCGGUCCAUGCUACCGAUGCGUCUUCCCCAAGCCCCCUCCCGCCGAGACCGUGGUCACCUGUGGAGAGGGCGGUGUCUUGGGCCCAGUGGUGGGCGUCAUGGGCGUCCUUCAGGCGCUCGAAGCCAUUAAAGUCAUCGUCGACGAUUCGCAUCUCCUGUCCUCUCAAUCCGAGACACCUUCUUUACUCCUAUUUUCCGCAUAUGGAACCCCACCGUUCCGCUCCAUCCGCCUCCGCUCGCGCCGCCCACGCUGCGCCUGCUGCUCUGAGCAGCCGUCCGUCUCGCUCGCCUCUUUGAGCUCGGGUUCAUUAGAUUACCAACUGUUCUGCGGCAUUGCCAAUCCGGCCAAUAUCUUGAAUCCACGCGAACGCGUCUCACCACGAGAAUACGCCAAGACGCUCGUAACCACACGGUCGGUGUUGGAUCGCGGGCUCCCGAAAGAUCACGUCCUGAUCGACGUGCGAGAGCGCGUGCAGUUCGACCUCUGCAGUAUUGAGGGGAGUAUCAACAUCCCGUUCUCGCAAAUCAACGCACCAGUGCGGUCGAAUCCCUCGACAAGAGAGCAAUCAGUCGCGUCGUCAUCGUCGCCGUCAACGAAUCCGGAUCAGAAUGCGAUGGAAGUGGAUGGGAAAGUCAGUGAGGGGCAGAGGAACGAGCUGGUGAUGCCGUGGGUACAUUUCAUACAUAAGGCGGCACUGGAGAAGCCUAUAUACGUGGUUUGUCGGUUUGGGAACGAUUCGCAAGUGACGGUGAAGAAGUUCAAGGAGGCUGGGUUGGAUUUGAGCGGCAGGAGAUGGGUUGGUGAUAUCAAAAAUGGCCUGAGAGGAUGGAGGACACAUGUGGAUAAAGACUUUCCGGAGUAUUGA